AUGUGGCCAUCAGUAGCCCUCCUACGGCAAGUAGCAGGCCGGCAGGCUCUGCUCAGUGACGUGCACUCUAUGAAGGUACGAGAGCUCACUCGAGCAGUUAGUGCUGCUGUUGGUGGCUCCAGUAGUGCUGCUGGCCUGGAUCGCAGGACUCGUCAUCUUCUACCACCUGCCGACAUGUGUCACCGUCUGGCCUGCUGUAUCCGGGACAGACUCAAGGAAGGGGACUUUAAUGGGAAGGAGAAUCUUCUAAUCCUUUGUCUGAGUUCCUUCGCUAAAAGCUCCUACCGGCACGUUGUCGUCUUCAAAGAGAUUCUGGAGGGCUUGACCAACACUGGUCUGUUGGUGUCACCCAAUAUACCAACGUCGCAUGCUAUUGCUAUACUACUUCAUAUGACUACUAUCACGGGCAGGGAUGCGGCCCUGCUUGUUAGACAAGUUAUUACGUCGAUCCUGACCAACCCUUUACCCCUCACUGGCUCAGAGUUAGCCUCGAUUUUCGUCACAAUUCACAAGGGAGGUUUGAGCGAAAACGACGUCCCUUUGGGCCACUUGGAGGCCCUGGCGGAGCGCUCUAUACGAAAUGGGUGCUUGCUGGGGAUCGAACCUGCGUCCUUGACCAGUCUAGCAUUGUCCCAUGCUAAGAUUAGAGGGAGUAACGCUGCACCAUCUACCGUGCCAGCCGCCAUAGCCACGGAAAUAUCAAGGCGGACAGUUGACCUGUCAGCGCCCCAGAUCGCAGCGUGUGCUCUGGCCGUACGCGAGGCGGGCGAAGGGGAGCCUUUUAAAGCCUGUUUGGAGGCUUUGGGAAAGGAGGUCGAAUACAAACUACUUGAAAUGGACUUUGAUGCAUGGUGUCAAUUACUGCAGGUAAACGAUCUAGACUCUCCAUUAUCCAUCUCAACAUCAAGCCUUGAAGAGCAUGGAGACGUAUUAUUAGCGUUUGCCCCGGGUCCAUGUGCACCGAGUAACUACCAUAAAGUGGCCAACUUGGCCUGUGUGCAUCUCCGUCGGGCCUUUGUGAGUGAUGAUAGUGGAGUGUCCUUCAAACAGGCGGUGGGCGCGUGUUACUCCCUUGCUAAGCAUUGGGACUUCCCGAGAGACCAAGCGAUGGAACUGAUGGAAAACGUGUCAAAAAGCAUCAGAAGCUUUCCCGUCACGUCCUUAGGGGACGCCGGGAGUAUCGCCCACUUAUGGUCAGUGAUGAAGGUCAGCGACAUACCACUCUUCCAUCACUUGCUCUCUUGCAUUUCCUCAACGCCUAGUAGUGAUAUCCUUCCGGUCCAAUUACGGAAGCUGGUCUUGGCCAUACGCCUCCAGCAGGGCCUCGAUGACGAUAUAGUGGGCCGAUUCGUGACGUGGUGUGUCGAUCAGCUUGGACGACAGUUGCCUAUGCGGUCGGUGCCGGACACAGCCAAUAUGCUAACAACAGCUUCAAGGCUUGCUGCUAUUUGUCAUACGAAGGAAUCAUAUGAAGAUCUGAAAGCUCUUUAUAUAAAGGCGAUAGAAGUUUCAAUUCCUGGCAGGGUGUAUACGACACACACAGCCUCAUCGAAGUUACUCAAUGCUGUGGCCCUUCUUGGUGAUGCUGAUGUCGUUUCUGUGCUACUGUCACGUUUGGACGUACCUCGAGAGCACAGCCAUAGGAGCUUCGGGAGUAACCGGUCGGUUCUGUUGGCAUUUGUAAGGAGCUGUUCGCAUUUGAAGCGACAUGUGGCGUUACCUCACGAGACGGGGCUGCAUCUGGACAGCCUUAGGGUGGAUACGAUGAAGCUGAUGAGUGGUAAGGAGGCGAGCAAAGACCCUCACUGUAAAUGUGUUAGCUGCCGUGGCAAGAUGGAGACACGGCAAGGAGUAUUCACCAUCACUCGGUGUCUAUUCGGAACUAUUACUGAGCAUCGUAAGAGCCUAUUGAGGUGGCGGCAUCGAGAGGCUCGUCGACGGCAAAGGCAAAAGCCGGCCAAUUGGUCCCAAGUGCUGACCAACGUCUCGAGCAGGAAGGUCGGUAUGUGCAUCCUGACAGGGGGAGAUGGGAGGUCCAAGGUAAGGAGUUACACUUAUGCUGUGCUGAUGUGGGAAGAUAUGCAUAUGGUCAACUACAUGGGUUGGUGA